AGAUCCCAGGGGUGCUGAGGGACCCACUGGGGUCUGGAGGGCCUCCCUGUGUUCCCCUGUUAUACCAUAUGCCCUGAGGGGCUGGGACCUAGGCACCUGUCACCCCUGGCACUGACUGUCCAGGGUUCCCCUCCUCCCUCUUCUGGCCACUGCUGCCUCCUGUCCCCUCCCCUCCCUUCUUCCUUCUCCGGGUCCCACCUCCAGCAGCCUCUCCCAUUGCUCCUCCUCACCUCUGUCCUCCUGGACUGUCCCAGCUCCUACCUUGCCUACUGCUUACCUUUUUCCCCUUUUAGGACUGAGAAAGGACGGGCCAGGGUGGGUACAGCUGGGGCUUCGGGCACCACAGGCAGAGACUCUAGGCCCUCUCCCACGCUGCCAGCCCUCUGGUAACCCCUCCCUCCAUCUCGGGGGAGGGGGGACAGCACCCAGAGGGUUAAGGCUGUAGGGGGGAGGGGCUGGGCCAAGUCGUGGGCGGCCCCUUUGAAGGAGGGAGCUGGAGCGGGGAACAGCCACCCUACCUCCCCCCCAGCCCGGCCCUCCCCCACCCCUCCCAACCUACUCCCCCCAGGGGCCAAGAGGAGUUGCCGGCAAGGCCCCUCAGCGUUCAGGAGAAGAUGGGGAGCCCCGAGGACGACCUGAUCGGGAUUCCAUUCCCAGACCACAGCAGUGAGCUCCUGAGCUGCCUCAAUGAGCAGCGCCAGCUGGGCCACCUGUGUGACCUCACCAUCCGGACACAGGGCCUUGAAUACCGCACCCACCGGGCUGUGCUGGCUGCCUGCAGCCACUACUUCAAGAAGCUCUUCACUGAGGGCGGUGGCGGGGCGGUCCUGAGCGCUGGGGGCGGUGGGGCGGCUGCUGGGGGAGCAGGGGCCGGCGUGUGUGAGCUGGACUUUGUGGGGCCGGAGGCGCUGGGUGCCCUGCUCGAGUUUGCCUAUACAGCCACACUGACCACCAGCAGCGCCAACAUGCCGGCAGUGCUCCAGGCUGCGCGGCUGCUGGAGAUCCCGUGUGUCAUCGCUGCCUGCAUGGAGAUUCUGCAGGGCAGCGGACUAGAAGCUCCCAGCCCUGAUGAGGACGACUGUGAGCGAGCUCGCCAGUACCUGGAGGCCUUCGCCACAGCCACGGCUUCAGCCUCGGGAGUUCCCAACGGUGAAGACAGCCCUCCACAGGUGCCCCUCCCACCGCCGCCGCCGCCCCCUCGGCCUGUUGCCCGCCGCAGCCGCAAGCCCCGAAAAGCUUUCCUGCAGACCAAGGGGGCCCGGGCAAACCACCUAGUGCCUGAAGUGCCCACAGUGCCCACCCAUCCUUUGACCUACGAGGAGGAGGAGGAGGCGGCAGGCGGAGUGGGCAGCAGCGGGGGCAGUAGGCUGGGGGACAGCUACAGCCCUCCCACAGGGACUGCCUCACCCCAUGAGGGGCCCCUGAGCUAUGAGGCCUAUGAGGGUGAGGAAGAAGAGGAGGAGCUGGCAUAUCCCCCGGCCUAUGGGCUGGCGCAGGGUGGCGGGCCCCCGCUGUCCCCAGAGGAGCUGGGCUCAGAUGAGGAUGCCAUCGAUCCUGACCUGAUGGCCUACCUGAGUUCUCUACACCAGGACACCCUGGCACCAGGCCUAGAUGGCCAGGACAAGCUAGUGCGCAAACGCCGCUCCCAGAUGCCCCAGGAGUGCCCAGUCUGCCACAAGAUUAUCCACGGGGCUGGCAAACUGCCACGCCACAUGAGGACCCAUACGGGUGAGAAGCCCUUCGCCUGUGAAGUCUGCGGCGUCCGUUUCACCCGGAAUGACAAGCUGAAGAUCCACAUGAGGAAGCACACAGGAGAGCGCCCCUACUCAUGCUCGCACUGCCCAGCCCGCUUCCUGCACAGCUAUGACCUCAAGAACCACAUGCACCUGCACACAGGGGACCGGCCCUAUGAGUGCCACCUGUGCCACAAGGCUUUCGCCAAGGAGGACCACCUGCAGCGCCACCUCAAAGGCCAGAACUGCCUGGAGGUGCGCACCCGGCGGCGCCGCAAGGACGAUGCGCCCCCUCACUACCCCCCGCCCUCUGCCGCCACCCCGACCCCUGCUGGCCUCGACCUCUCCAAUGGCCACUUGGACAACUUCCGACUCUCUCUGGCUCGAUUCUGGGAGGAGCCAGCCCCUACUGGGCCCCCAGUCUCCACCCCGGGGCCCCCUGAUGACGAUGAGGAGGAGGGGGCACCCACCACACCUCAGGCUGAAGGUGCCAUGGAGUCCUCUUAAAGAGGGACGAGUGGCCGAGCUGGAGCAGCACGGGGCCGGGACGCCCAUGCUGAGCAGCGGGAGUGUGCAGCAGGGACGGCGCUGGGGUCCGGGCACUGAGCCUCCCUGGCAUCGGAAAUUGGGCCCUUCCCUCAGAGCUCUCAUUCCAGUUCCAAGCUGAGAAGGUUUUGGGGCAGAGGCUCCCCAGAUUGGGGUGCUCUCCCAAGGAGUGAUACAUACGAUAUUAUGUAUAUAUUUACAGCUCCAUUGUAAAGGUGGGGUCCCUGUCCCCAGCUGCUCCUGGGGAGUAGAAGCAAUAAUGUAUUUCUGAUUUGUGGGGUCCCUCUUCGGCUAUGCGGGUUUCUAGGGGGUGGGGGGCUUGGGACCAAAGCCUUGCCCUGCCCCCAUGCCCCUUGGGGUUUUGGCUGUGUAAGGGGGUGAAGGACUGCCCCUCCCUUUCGAGACCCCUCCUUCCUGGUUUCUGUUCCCUUUUCCUGGCAGUGAAUUAUGCAAAGGGGGGCCGCAAAGGAAGGGUAAGUGGGGGAAAGCAAGGUAGAAGCUUGAAAGACUGGGGGACUGGGCCUGUAAGGAAGGAGCCAUCCUAGUCCCCCUCCGCCCUGCUCCCAGCGCUGAGUCAUGGGGUCCUGGAGAAGGGGGCGGGGUGGCCUGAUUGGUUCGCCCGCCCCUGGGGGCAGCGGGAGGGGCCCCGCCCAACUACGGGAGCUGCUGCUGGUUCUCCUCCCCUCCCCUCCCGAGUCGCUGGGCAGGGAAUGUCUUGUUCCCGCCGCUCCCUCCCCGGGGCCAGAGGGCAGGGCGGGCCGGGCGGUGGCCUACCCUCUUCUCCUCCUCCCCGCCCAGGUGCAAGCCGGAGCCGCCGACACCGCUGCCGCCCCUGACUCACGCCGCCCCCGGGCUGGCGCGGUGCAGGGUGUGGGACAUGGUGAGGGGUUGGGGGCAGCCUUGCGGAGAACGGGCGAGUCGGCGCCAUCUGGCGGCCGUGCCCUGCGCGGGCGAGCGCCCCUGGCGGCCACUUCCAGCGAGCCGUCUUCUCUCAACCUCCACCACCCCAGCUGGUGAGCGGCGCCCCCUUGCCAAGGCCGGGGCAAAUAGCUUCUUGCUUGGCCGCAAGGAAAGUGGGCUGCGGACCUGUGGGAAAGGGAUCCUUUCCCCAGACCCUUGCCAGCCGGGCUUCCUGUUGGGUCGGGGAGAGUAAUCCCCUCACUCUACCCUUAGGAUUGAAUCCACCCCCGGUCUGUACAUAGCCUUUUCUGUUGGUCUUGUUGAAAUCUAGUUUCAGAUUUUUAACUACCCAAUUCUGCUGGGGGUGGGGGUAUCUCCUCCCCACCUUCCUCGCUGGGUGCUGGACCCCAUUCUGCCUGGGCUCUGCCUUGCACUAUUUCCCCUCCCUGGCCUGGCGGCUCCUCCCCCUCCUUAAAAGGGGCAGGUUCAGGGGCCCGGUGCUCUCCCUCCCCCCCCCAUGCACCCCCUUGCCCAUUUGCACAGCUGCCCAGGUACCCCCAAUAGUGGGGGGGUCACAGGGAGGGGGUAGCGGGACCAGUCCUUGUAUCUAUUUAAAAAGUGAUGAUGUAAUAUAUUGGGGUAAGGGGAGGUCGGGUUGCCCUGGGCCUCAUCUUAGCAUUUCAGGUGAUGGAACAGCCCAGGGCUGAGGAGACCUGGGGCCUAGCCCCAGGGAGUGAGGACAAUGUGGCCUCCCCCCUCCCCCCUUGCGGCUUCUCCACUCAGUGCCUUACGGGGUGGGGGGGAGGCAGUCCCCCCUCUCCUGUUCCCCUCCCCUUGCCCUGCCCCCCACCUCGGGUGUAAGUGACAGGAAGAAAUAAUAAUUUAAGAUUCACACUUGUGUCCACCUUUGGUUUCUUUAUUUUGGAGAUAGGUGGGAGGGAUCAGGAGGAGAGGCAAAUGAGAGACAGAGGGACUGGGGGU